ACAUACACAUGGUUCAAACUAUUUCUGUGUCACUUUUCUGUCGAUUAUUGAGGCGAGUCUGUUUAUUUUUGUUUAUUUAUGAAAGACAAACAGAUUCAUGCUCAGACUUAAAUAAACCUCAGUCAGUUUGUAGGUGAGUUUGCAUGAGCACAAUAAUAAAUAUGAAUAAAUGACACUGGCAGACAAUGAUUAGACACUUUUAUAAGUCCAUGUUUGUCACAGUGCUGCAGUCCUUUUAAUAAUAAAGCAUCAGUGGAUUAUCGGACAGGCGCUGUCCGUCGAUGCCUACAUGCAGAAGCGGGGUCCUUGUUUGUCGUGCGCAUGCGCAGUGAGCAGCUGCCGUAGCCGCAGCAGCGUCGCGAGCGUCAACACACCGGGUCCGGUUCUGCAGCUCGGACCGACGAAUCCACGAGAAACCGGCACAACAUGAAGCUUCCGUCCCCGUAGCUUCCUGAGGAUAUGGUGAGGAGACGGUCCCAUGCUGCAUUAGUGGAAUAGUGACAUGCUGGCCUGUCUGCCAGCAUCAGGUGACCCUACCAUCAGACUUCUCUCCCGCACGCAGAUGAACACUGGACUUCAGAAAUGGGAAACUACACAGAAGAUGAGAUCUGCCAGCUAUCCAACCCCAGCAGAGUUGGAUGCCUAUGCUAAGAAAGUUGCCAACAACCCUCUGACCAUCCAGAUCUUCCCCAACAGUGUCAAGGUACCUCAAAGGAAGCACAUUCGGCGCACUGUCAACGGGCUUGACACAUCCUCGUCCAGCCAGCGCCACAGUCCCUACCCCUCUCAGGUCAGCUCCAGUAGGGGCCUACUGGCUGUCCUCCGUGCGCCUGCCAAAGGCAUCAUCAAAGAGUCGGACGGUAGCCGUGCCCAACAGCUUCACAAGGCCAUCAUGAACCCUCACAGUGGGCCGUACACCACUCAAAGCACUUUAAAUCUUCCUCAACCCGCUCCUCACCUACAGGGCCCGUCUCAGCCUGCGGCCCAGGUGGCCCAGAAGCAGGGCAUGGUUAACCCACAGGCGCUACAGCAACAGCAAAGCAUGACUCACCCAAUGACUUUACAGCAGCCUCAAACCAUGCCUCAUCCACAGGCUUUACAGCAAAGAAGCAUGGCUCAUACACAAGCUCUGCAGCGGCAGCAGAGUCUGUCCCAGGUUCAGACUUCACAGCAGCAAAGAUUGGCUCACCCUCAAGGCAUACAGAGGCAGCAGAGCCUGCCUCACACUCAGGCUCUGCAGCAGCAGCCGAGCCAGUCCUGUCCACCGGUCGUACCACAGCAGCAUCUUUCUCAUCUGCAGACACUAAAGCAUCAACCGGCUCCUCCGCAAGCUUUACUUACACAACAAGGAGUGACUCAGGAUCUGCGCCACAUGUCUGAUGGAGCUCAGCUCCCGAGCCUGCAGCACACCCAGGGGCUAGUAGGUUCACAGCCCCUCCCCCAGGCUGUGGGUGCAGGACCUCCUACCAUACCUAACAGCCUCCAGCAGCCCCCGCCGGGGGCAUACGGACCACGGAAGCUCCCUGACGCAGACGCCCCACCAAAUGUAACUGUAUCUACCUCCACCAUCCCACUGUCCAUGGCAGCCAGCCUGCAUCAGAACCGGCCCAGUGACCUGAGCAGCAUUGUGCACCAAAUCAACCAGUUGUGCCAGGCACGAGCUGGCAUGGGCACCACCUCGGUCUGUGAGGGCCAGAUUGCAAACCCUAGUCCCAUCAGCCGUAACCUGCUGAUCAACGCCAGCUCGAGGGUGUCCUCUCACCACCCGGCUCUGGGCUCUGUGCCGAGCUGCCUCAUGGUGGGACCCCCAGACAAAGCUACAGCUCAGACUCCCAGUGCUGCUCUCCAUUCACAGCCCAAUAUAGCUGCUACAAAUAGUAUACAGGUACCUGCCUUUCACACAGACCAAGAGAAGGUACACCUGCAGCAGCAGCAGCUUCAACACCAUUUACAUCAGCAAAAACAGCAGCAGCAGCAGCUACAGCAGCAACACUUACAACUACAGCAGCUGCAGCAGCAGCGCUCUUGGGCUCAGCAUCAACUGGCCCACAUGCAGCAGCCCCCAGAGGGGGCCCAUCCCUGCAAGAACCCCAGGAUGGAGCCUCCAUCUGAGUGUGCGUUCCCCUCUCGAAACCUCAGCUAUUCCCACAAGCUACCUAACACUGCACAGUCCUUUCCUCUGAAACACCCUGCAGAGAAACCACGACCUUCAUCCCCUGUUAACUGCCCCGUAGGUCCUAUGCCUUACAUUAAUGGCCACUACAUGCAGCCACCGUGGGGCAGCAUCCCAGCCACAGCAGGUAACAACGGAUCCGGCCCUCAGGACCUUCCAGUGGCUUUCCAGGGGGGGCAGGCUGCUGCCUCCACAGACCGCAUCCCAGGGGCAAAGUACCGGCCGGGCAAAGAAGGCCCUCCUGGCCAGCCCAAGUUAAUGCAGAAUGUGGAUUUCUUGGGAGGGGACUUCCAGAUGCCCAACUUUCAGGAGCAGAACAUGGAUGUGAUGGAGAAGAUGCACAGGUCAGCCAUGGGUCAAGUUCAGGAGCCCAACAACGGCAGAGGCGUCCACAGUCAUCACCCAGGCUACCACUAAAGUGUGCGCUGACCUCCUCCCUCCUCCUCAGUGUGUUUUGAGUUUUUCUCAACAGCUACUUUCAUCUUCUUCUGUGGUUUAUUCUUUAAGAUCUUGCAAGUGAUCAAUUACAUUUUGUUGCUUCGGAGCUUGAUUUGUAGACCCACCAGGUUGUGAUAUUUCAAAGUAUUCCUCAGGUCUUAAGCCAUGUCGUACCUUUGUUGCAGAUGAAGGGUUUUUGAGAUUGUUGUCCACUGUUGAGUAGAAUUCCUCUUUUCAUCACUGGCAUGGAUGUGCUGCUCUUUGUUCGUGUAUAUAUGGUGUUCUGAUUUAUUCAUUUGCAGCUUGCCACAGGAUUGUCACAGUGCUUUUCCUCGGUUGACAUGGAACAACUCAACUAUUUUCAGCAUUUGUGGCCUUACAACUGCCCAGAGGCAAGAUUUAGGAUGUCCUUGUGUAAUGUUUUUAUUUGAAAUUAUUUAUCCUCGUAACAGGUUUGUCGAUCCACUUUUAAAUUGGAAGGUUACAUGUAUAUGCAAUUACCAUGACUGUUGAUAAGGUUUUUCUCUCAGCAGCUCGCGCCCAUAGUCGAGGUGUAGACUUGUUAACAGACCCACAGCUCCUCUAUCAGGAAUACAACAUGGCUUCUGAACCGCACCGUGAGUGGUCCAGGUAGUUCCAGAACUGGCUAACUGCCACUACUUAGCAGAGUUUGUGUUCAAAACAAGACAAAGCCAGCACUAGCAAAAACAGUAACACUCUCCAUUUCAGAGAUCUGAGUAGUUCUUCUUCCAUUCGGAAAGUCUAAAGUGCCCUCGUGUGAUAUUUCACGAGUUGCUUUUGAAGUCGUUUUUCUUUUAUUCCAGUUUUUGUCGUAUUUCUGUAGAUGGUCCUACUUGAACUGUAGAAAUUACUUUUUAAAUGUUACGCUUAACAUUUGGCAAAGGAGCAGAAACUCCAUUAGCCCCUGUUUUGUCUUUAGCUAAUGUGAAACAUUCAUAUUAAAAUGGCGUGUGUAUGUCGGUAUGUGAAAAAGCAAAUUGAUCACUUGCAAGCGUGCAAGUACUUCAAAUAAUGCAAGCUGGGAAAAUGCUUCAUUUCCCAUCCAACACGUUUCCUCACCACUUUACUACUGUAAUCCAAGUGAACUGAUGUGGUGUGGACGUUAUCUGUGUGGCUUGUGGUGGGCUGUUCAUCUGCGAAUCACUGGCCUCACCCUGUGUUGUAUUUCUGCUACCUAUAAAGGAAAAAAAAAAACUAAGGACUUUUAAUGCAGGUUAUGUUUUGCUAGAUGUUUCUAGCAUGAAACUCUGGACCCAUUUCCUCCUCGAGUCCUUUUUCGGGUUGAUGUUGUCUGGGCGUACACUGCUCCGCUAGCCUCAAGCCUUCUGGAAAAAGCCUUAAAUGUCACAGUAGUUAUCCUCUACUCAAUACUUACCUUAACUGACUUUCUUUGCCCGGAUCCCAACUUAAGUAUGGCUUCAUUGUAAGGAAGUAAUUUCUUUUCUUCCUUUUGGUUAAAUCUGUUCAAACUGUACUGUCAUUCAUUGGGCGGUGUUCAUGUAUAGUGGGAAUGAGUGAUGUUGCCUUAAAGGAAAUAUUAAGGUGAACAUGCUACUCAUACCUGUUGAUUAAUCACCUAUCCCACUGUCUUCAAUGUUGCCUAUCUAUCGAGGAUUUAAGAUGAUUUUAAGAGUAAAAUAUGAAUAGUAUUUAGCAGAAUUAAUAGGUAUGUAGAACAGGGCUGUAGCAGUUAUUUUAAAGUAUUUGGACUGUGUUUUAGUUGGUAUACUUAAUAAAUAUCCUUUAUAUAGUUUAAUUUAUUUUUUUGGACCACUGCAUCCUGAAGCCAUAGGAGUUUUCACAUUAGGUGCCAUAGGAGACACACAUCGACGCAGACAGUGUAAACUGAAUUGUCUGCACUCAGAGGCAAAUAAGAGGUUUGCAUCCACGCUUUAAUCUGAUGUCUUUCACCACGCCGCCGCGGAGCAUCUUUCUUCUCUGAAUCAUUCUCAGAAUACAGUACAGGUCAAAAGGGAGAAAGGAAGGCGAGAUGAUGAUGAUGAUGAUGAUGAUGAACGUCAUCUUCAGAGAAAGACAGCUGAGAUGCAAGCCGUAGCUUUCUGGAUUCUGGUCUUCAUACUUGAUGGCAGUUUUUUGUUUUUCUGGCUCUCGUUUUUGACGUGCCUGCCCCUUAAAGCUGCUAUUGACUUUAAUCUUAACACACACUAGUAUGAUUUGUGUGUGCGUGUGUAUGAAUAGUAAUGAUGUAUGGGCUGUAUCAAUGAAAAUAUUCACGGGAUGGGCGCAGGGCAAAAAUUGCUGCCACUACAAUGCUGGUAAAUUUACUGAUGUUUAUUCUACCAGCGGUGUUUGGAGAUUCUGCUAAAUAUCUAAAACUGACCAGUAUUCAAAGUGGCAGAGGUGUUUUCAGGAGUCUGACCUGAAAGGCAGAUCCCCCCGGGUCUGUUUGGGUUUCUUAACUUUAAAUCAACACUAAACUAUUCGACAGACCUGCCCUGUUAAUUUUGAACUGCCUCGUUACAGCCCGACAUAGUCAGGUUCUACAGUUUCAUAUGAAGUGCCUCCACUGGGCUUAGUAUGGAGAAAUGUGUGAAUGGGUGCUUGCGUGUGUGUAUGUUAAGCUUGGGUACUUGCACACAGGUGUGCACGCUGACAAAGGUGCACGAAGUUAAUCUCUGAUGGGGGACCAAGCUACUUAGUGUAACUACUGAUACUGUGUCAUGGACUGAAGUCCUGAAGUGUGCCACGAUUCCUAGACACUGUCGGGAUGUGUGAACUGUUUGCUGCUGACUCACUGACCAAAGUGACCAAGCGUCCCUCUCUGUAACCACCCCGGCCAAAAGCCUUGGCAAAGCUUGUUGGGAACUUGUGUUCUGACAGUAAUAAGCAACAACCUGGUGACAUAAAGGAGAGCUGCUGCUCUCGUUUGGACGGUUCAAGAUAAAAUCUUGUGAAGUAAAAGUGUAAAGAUGUGAACCGAGCAUAAAAAAAUCUAGAGCGAGUGGUUCCUGUCUGCACAGUACACCCCACUUCGUUUUGUUCGCCAAGCAAGAUUCAGACGUUCUAAGCAGAACUUUGUAUGUCUGUGGUUCCACUUUCCAACCUUCUCAUGCAGAAACAGUACAUGUCAAUAUGCACUGUAAGAAUCUACUUAAGCACAUUGUAGCUCACCACGUCAGUUUACUCAGAUGGCAAUAUUUAUUGGGGCACAGGUAUGCAACAACUCUCUCUAGAUUUAUUUUUACUCCAGUUGAUAUGAUCGCCUUUGAUUAUCAAAGACCUAUCAUGUCGUGAACGGUGGUGGAGGGGGGCUUACUUUCUCUACUUUGUGAAAAUGUGAUAUUCCAGUUUUGCCUAACCUUCAGGAAUAAAAUGUCUUGCACAAACAUUCCCCCUAACCAAAAUAAAGUUUGCAAACACAAAGCUUUUACGAGUGACUCACUUUGUAAUGUUCAUAUAAAGAGUCUACGUUCACAGUGUGCUUAAAUCAGAAAUCAGUUCUUCUACAGGCAUGACAAACAUUUACAAAACAAUUAGAGCAAAUGUGUGAUUAAGAAGUUAUUCACUGUAAUAAUGUACAUGUAUGAUUGUUUUUGAAGAAGUGCUGGGUACAAUAUAAACAGUUGCUGUGCUAUUAAAACCUUUUUGCCUAAUCUGUGCUUCAAGGUUAAAAUCAAACAUUUUAAAAGGCCCAGUGUGGCAGGUACCACGGU